AUGACUCCAAGCUCUCCUGGCUCUGCCAGGAACGUCAAGUCGACGCCGUCCGACGACACCCUUCACACCAAAACCAUCCAAGAGCAUGAGCAACAGCAAGAUGAGACAGACAUCGAAGUCAAUGAUGGGCGUAUGAAUGACCUUGUCCGCCCAUACAGCCUGGACCUCGUUCGCUCAGCAUCCCGGCUGGAUGCCACCAUCAACCCGUUCCUGUCAUCUCAUCCGUCUCUCGAUCCUCGCUCUCCAGACCAGUUCAACGCCAAGAAGUGGGCCAAGGCUCUUCUUCAGCACUCCAGCCAUCACCCUGAACGGUUUCCUCGUCUUGAGGCCAGCGUCGCCUGGCGUAACUUGAGUGUUCAUGGCUAUGGAACGGACACGGACUACCAGAAGGAUGUCCUCAACGUUCUGCUUCAGGGUCCAAUGAUGGUCAAGCAAUUCUUCAGCAACCGCAGGCAGAAGAUCGAUAUCCUGCGUGACUUCGAUGGCAUCGUCAAGAGUGGUGAGAUGCUGCUGGUUUUGGGCCGCCCAGGCAGUGGUGUCUCAACUCUUCUCAAGACGAUUGCAGGCGAGACGGAGGGUCUGCAUCUUGGGUCUCACUCGCACUUCAGCUACCAAGGUAUUCCCAUGGAGACAAUGCACCGCGAGUUCCGAGGCGAGGUCAUCUACCAGGCCGAGACGGACAUACACUUUCCUCACCUCACAGUCGGUCAGACACUACUCUUCGCCGCCUUGGCCAGGACACCCAAGAACCGGCUGUCAGGUGUUAGUCGCCAGAGGUACGCCGAACAUCUGAGGGACGUCGUCAUGGCAGUCUUUGGCAUCUCUCAUACCAUCAACACCAAGGUUGGCAACGACUUCGUGAGGGGUGUAAGUGGCGGUGAGCGCAAGCGUGUGAGCAUUGCGGAAGUCACCCUCAGCCAGAGUCCCAUCCAGUGUUGGGAUAACAGCACUCGCGGUUUGGACAGCGCGACGGCCCUUGAGUUUGCCCGCACUCUACGUCUUUCUACCGACUUGGCGAAGACCUCUGCCAUCGUCGCCAUGUAUCAGGCGUCGCAGCCAGCAUACGACACGUUCGACAAGGUUGCCGUUCUCUAUCAAGGAAGACAGAUCUACUUUGGGCCGGCCGGCCUAGCCAAACAGUACUUCGUUGACAUGGGCUACGCUUGCCCCGAUCGUCAAACCACCGCCGAUUUCCUUACCUCCCUCACGAACCCGUCCGAGCGGGUUGUGAGGUCCGGCUUUGAGAACCGAGUUCCCCGCAGUCCCGAUGAGUUCGCAGCCGUAUGGAAGGGAAGCGAUCUCAGAGCACGCCUGAUGGACGAGGUCCAUUCUUUCGAGGAGGAUUUCCCUUUGGAUGGCUCAGAGACUGAGAAGUUUGCGGCGACUCGCAAAACUCAUAAGCAGUCACUUUCGUCUUCAAAGUCGCCAUACACAAUUUCUGUGCCGAUGCAGGUCUGGCUGUGCAUGACGCGCGGGUACCAGCGUCUCCUGGGAGACAAGCUGUUCUUCAUUGUGACAGUCCUUGGCAACCUCGUGAUCUCGCUUGUUCUGGGGAGCAUCUUUUUCGACUUGCCUUCAGACGCGUCGAGCAUGAACUCUCGCUGUGUUCUCCUGUUCUUCGCCAUCUUGUUCAACGGCCUCAGCAGUGCCCUUGAGAUCCUUACCCUGUAUGUACAGCGACCCAUCGUCGAGAAGCAUGCGCGAUAUGCUUUGUAUCAUCCCUUCUCUGAGGCCAUCUCCUCCACUAUUUGCGACCUUCCUAGCAAGAUUCUCUCGACGAUCGCCUUCAACGUUCCGCUCUACUUCAUGGCCAAACUACGACAGGAGGCUGAUGCAUUUUUCAUCUUUCUUCUUUUCGGAUUCACCACCACUCUUUCCAUGUCGAUGAUACUUCGCACGAUCGGACAAACCUCGCGCACCAUCCACCAAGCUCUCACGCCCGCCGCGAUCUUCAUCCUGGCUCUGGUCAUCUACACCGGGUUCAUCCUGCCUACGAACAGCAUGAAGGGGUGGCUCCGAUGGAUCAACUACAUCAACCCCAUCGCGUACGCCUUCGAGAGUCUCGUCGCCAACGAGUUCACUGGACGCCAGUUCCCUUGCGUUCAAUAUGUCCCUGCCUAUCCGAACGCGGCCCCUAACGAACGAACUUGCUCCGUUGCUGGAGCCAUGCCGGGUGCAGAUUUUGUGGAUGGUGACUUCUACAUGAAUGCUCACUUCAAGUACUUCAAGUCUCACAUUUGGAGGAACUUUGGGAUUCUCAUCGGAUACAUCCUCUUUUUCAUGGCUGUUUACCUUCUGGCGGCCGAGUUCAUCACGACGAACCGUUCCAAGGGCGAGGUCCUGCUCUUCAGACGAGGAUACAAGGCUUCUUCCAGCCAGAAGGUAUCUUCCGACGAGGAGACCGCCCAAUCUGAUCGUGUCUACCAUCACCAAGAGAAACAGGAGAUGUCCCGGACCACAUCGACGGCGAGACAGACAGUCAGCCGGAAGCACCGAGCAGUCUUCCAUUGGAGAGAUGUUUGCUACGAUAUCAUGAUCAAGGGUCAAAAUAGGCGAAUUCUCAGCUCGGUUGAUGGAUGGGUGAAGCCAGGCACGCUGACAGCUUUGAUGGGUGCGACCGGUGCAGGAAAAACUACCUUAUUGGAUGUUCUGGCCAAUCGAGUCACCAUGGGCGUCGUUUCCGGAGACAUGCUGGUCAACGGGAUUCCCAGAGAUCAGUCGUUUCAACGAAAAACGGGCUACGUGCAGCAGCAAGACAUCCACUUGGAGACCUCAACCGUUCGUGAGGCUCUUCAGUUCAGCGCCAUGCUACGGCAGCCCGCAUCUGUCAGUAAGAAGGAGAAGUAUGCCUACGUGGAAGAGGUCAUCGAGCUGCUGGAGAUGGAAGCAUAUGCGGAUGCCAUUGUCGGUGUUCCGGGUGAAGGUCUCAACAUCGAGCAACGUAAACGACUCACGAUCGGCGUCGAAUUAGCUGCAAAGCCCGACCUACUUCUUUUCCUCGACGAGCCGACUUCCGGUCUUGACAGCCAAACCGCUUGGUCCAUUGCAUCUCUCAUCCGUAAACUUUCGGAAAACGGACAGGCUAUUCUUUGCACCAUACACCAACCUUCUGCUCUACUCUUCCAACAGUUUGAUCGCCUACUUUUGCUAGCAAAAGGCGGAAGAACUGUGUACUUCGGUGACAUCGGCGAGAACUCUCGGACUUUGACAAGCUACUUCGAGCAGUACGGGGCAGCUCCAUGUGGCCAGGACGAGAACCCAGCGGAGUGGAUGCUGAAGGUGAUCGGGGCAGCUCCGGGAGCGAAAGCUGAGAGAGAUUGGCCCGAAACUUGGAAAGAAAGCCACGAAUGUGCGCAGGUGCAACGGGAGCUUGAACGCCUUCAACAGGAGUCGCCUUCAAGCCCGGCUUCAGGGACCUCGGAGGAGAUGACGACCUACGCCACGCCGUUCCACGUGCAGUUGGCCAUGUGCACCAAGAGAGUCUUCCAGCAGUACUGGCGUACGCCCUCGUACAUCUACUCCAAGCUCAUUUUGUCCGGCGGAACGAGUCUCUUCAUCGGAGUCUCCUUCUACAAGGCGGAACUCACCAUGCAAGGCCUACAGAGCCAGAUGUUCUCGAUCUUCAUGCUCCUGGUUGUCUUCGCCUUCCUCGUCUACCAGACCAUGCCCAACUUCAUCCUCCAACGCGAGCAGUAUGAAGCCAGAGAGCGAGCUUCCAGAGCUUACUCCUGGUACGUCUUCAUGCUGGUCAACAUCAUCGUCGAGCUACCGUGGAACACGCUGGCCUCGUUGGUGAUCUUCUUCCCGUUCUACUACCUCGUCGGUAUGUACAGGAACGCGAUCCCAACAGACGCCGUCACUGAGCGCGGAGGCCUGAUGUUCUUGCUGGUCUGGGCGUUCAUGCUCUUCGAGUCGACGUUCGCGGACAUGGUGGUGGCGGGUGUUCCGACGGCCGAGAUUGGAGCGACGCUGUCCCUUCUGUUGUUUGCCCUGUGUCUUAUCUUCUGCGGCGUCAUCGUUCCCGAGAACGCGCUCCCUGGAUUCUGGAAGUUCAUGUACAGGGUCUCGCCGCUGACCUACCUCGUCGACGGUCUCUUGUCGACUGGUCUGGCACACAACACGGUUGAGUGCUCUUCACUCGAGCUCUUGCAGUUCAGCCCCCCGCAGGCAAAUAACGUGACGUGCGGCGCGUACAUGGAGCCGUACAUGCAACUGGCCGGGGGUAGGGUCUACAAUCCCAACAGCACCGACAUGUGCCAGUUUUGCCCGUUGGCCACCACGGAUGCCUUCUUGGCCACGACUUCGACGGCGUACGAUAAGAGAUGGCGAAAUUGGGGGUUGAUGUGGGUGUACAUUGUCUUCAACCUGUUUGCUGCGUUGUUCUUGUACUGGCUGGCGAGGGUUCCCAAGAAGGGUGGGCUUGGACAGUUGUGGAAGAAGAAGGCUUGA